AUGGAUAGAGCUUGCUUUUAUAAGUUAUGUGAGAUGCUGAGGGAUGUUGGUGGAUUGCAAGGAAAUAGGAACACUAGCUUGGAAGAAAUAGUUGCAUUAUUUCUUUUCACUCUUUCUCAUGAUACAAAAAAUAGAAGAACUCAAUUAUACUUUAGAAGAAGUGGAGAAACGAUUUCAAGACACUUUAACUUAGUCUUGAAAGUUGUUCUUAGAUGCCACCAUAUUUUAUUUAAGAAACCUGAGGCGGUGACAGAAAAUUGUCAGGAUGAGAGGUGGAAGUGGUUUAAGAAUUGCUUAGGGGCAUUGGACGGAACACAUAUUAAGGUUCGUGCUGGUGAUAAAGAUAAAGUUAGAUUCAGAAAUAGGAAAGGAGAACUCACCACCAAUGUCUUAGGAGUGUGUACUCGUGAUAUGCAAUUUGUUUAUGUAUUGCCUGGUUGGGAGGGUUCAGCACAUGACAAUAGAGUUUUUCGUGAUGCGUUGUCGAGAAGAAAUCCUUUAAAAGUCCCUCAAGGUUACUACUAUUAUUUAUGUGAUGCUGGAUAUAUGAACUGUGAGGGAUUUUUAACACCAUUUAGAGGUCAAAGAUACCAUUUGAGUGUUUGGAAAAGUGGGGCACAUCCGGUAUCGGCUGAAGAAUAUUUUAAUAUGAAGCAUUCACAAGCGCGGAAUGUCAUAGAGAGAUGUUUUGGAUUGCUUAAGAUGAGGUGGGGUAUACUAAGAAACACAACUUGGUACCGUCGAAAGGCCGUCAGUAGAAUUAUUUUGGCAUGUGCUUUGAUGCAUAAUUUCAUUCGAACAUAUAUGACCAUAGAUCCUAUGGAGUCUUUAAUUGGAGAUGAAGUACAAGAAGAUAUCAGUGAAAACAAUAUUGAGGUUAUGGAGACUAGUACUGAAUGGAAUGUCUUUAGGCAGAAUCUGGCAACUGAAAUGUAUGCAACAUGGUUGAACUCAAGACCUUCUUAA